AUGAUAAAUUAAAAAUAUAAAAUAACUAAUGCCUUUGAAUAGAAUGAAAACUUUUAAAAUCAAAACUUAGUUAUGAAAACUCUGAAAAACAAUUAUUUUUAAAUAGUUUUAAAUUCUAAACUAGAAGAAUUAAAACUCGAAGAAUUAAUUACAAUUACCUAAGAAAAAUUUUCUCUGUAUUGUAAAUAUAUUUCAAGAUGUUUAUAAAUGUAAAAAAUAGAGUUACCUUCUGCAUUUAAACUUGAUAUAAAGAAUGAUUUAGUUACAUUAUAACAAAUGGAACUUCCAAUAAUAGCAUCACCUUUCUAAAGAUUAAUAUUAAAUCCUCAGUUUAUUAAUCAAAAGUAUUUUUUUGAAAACUUAGCAAAUGGGUCAGAGUCAUUUUUGAAUUAUUUUGAUAGCAUAUUUUUUGAGGAAUUAUUGCUCACCCUUCUAUUUUGGUAUAUACUUUAAAAUUUAAGAUAAAUUAAUGAGACAGAUUCUUAUGAUAUUUAUAUUUAUCCAUAAAGAUGCAAUUUUUACAUUAUUAAGAAUAAUGUUGCGCCUUUUUUCAAAUCUGAAAAAUUAAUGAUGCUCAAUAUAUUACUUAAUAGUUAAACUCUACCAUAAAUAAAUAAUGAUUUAGAAAUUAAUUAAGAAUAUUAAAUAUAAUUAUUUGAUAUUCAUCCGCCUGAUAAGAUAGUAAAUAAAGGUAUCAUAAUUCCUAUAAAAAACAUAAUUCAAUAAAAAUAAUCAAGUAUGGAAUCAGAUUUAGAAAUUUAAAAAUACUUUAAGUUUGAUUAGGUUACUAUCACAUCAAAACCAUAUUAUUUUAUAUUUAGUACAUUAUGUGAGAUAGAAAAGAAAGAUGAUUUAAAUCAUAUAAUUGAGUUUAGUACUUCAGGAUCACCCAAGUGUUAAAUAUGCAAUUACUCUAUACAUCCUGAUAAUUUUGAUACCUUUUAUACCAAGAAAGAUUUAUUAGAUAUUUGGUAGAAAGGCUAACUAUGGUUUAAAUAGUAAGCAAGGUUAGUGUCACCAAUAUUUUUAUUGGGAAAAUAAAAGUUUUAAAUAAAGGAAGAUGAAAAUUAAGAAAACUUGUUAAUUUAGUUUUAUUUUUAAAAUAAAAAACAAGAUUUAAUUUUAAAAGAUUAAUAGUAAUAAGAUUUGGAUUAAUCUGAAGACACAAAAGAGAAAUUAGAAUGUUUAUUAUUAUAUAAAAGACUUAAAGUAGUUUAACCGUUCUUAAAUUAAAAGUUUGAUUAGGUAGAUUCAAUGUAAUAAUAUGAAAUAACUGAAAGUUUAGAAAGUGAUGAUGAAGAUGAAUCCAACAAUAUUUAGCAAAAAGAGAACUUAAUUAAAUAAACUAAAAUUAAGUGA